AUGUCACAUGACUCCAGGAGUGUGUACAGGCAGUGUCUGUCCAAUGGGAGCUGGCGACUCCAGGAGAAUUCUUCGGAAGCCUGGCGGGACCAGAGAGAAUGCGAUGAGAAACAUUUCUUUGAAGCCGAGGAGGAUGAGGUGUUUCGCCAAGCAGCACUGAGGGUUAUCUCCAUCYUCGGCUACGCUCUGUCCCUCUUCUCCCUCUCUCUGGCCACUCUCCUCAUGGGCAUUCUCAGGAAGCUCCACUGUACGAGGAACUACAUCCACAUGAAUCUGUUUGUGUCGUUCAUGAUGAGAGCCAUAGCCGUUUUCAUAAAGGAGAUCGUUUUACAUGUCAUGUACAKCAAGCUACCCAUUGACGACCCAGGGUGGAACUCAUACUCCAACUCAGUGAUAGCGGUGGUAUGUAAGGCCUCCCGGAUGUCCAUGGAGUAUUUUGUAGCCUGUAACUACUUCUGGCUCCUGGUGGAAGCCAUCUUCCUCCACACUCUCCUCUUCACCGCCGUCCUCACCAAGAGACGGCUGCUCAAGAGAUACAUGCUCAUUGGCUGGGGUACUCCAUUCGUGUUUGUGGUGCCAUGGACAGUUACCAAAGUUUUAUUUGAAAAUGAAGGGUGCUGGGCCAAUAAGGAUAGAUGGAUCUGGUGGAUAAUUAGAGGUCCGAUCUCUUUAUCUGUGUUGGUCAUUUUCUACAUAUUCAUCAAAAUACUAAUGUUGCUGCUCUCUAAGUUAAAAGCAGACCAAGUGAGAUUCACAGACUACAGAUACAGCUUGGCCAGGGCUACACUAGUCCUGAUCCCUUUACUGGGAAUCCACGAGGUGGUUUUCACUCUCCUGAUUGACGAGUGUGUGGAGGGAAACACCCGCUAUGCCAGGAACGUCAUCAACCUCACCCUCAGCUCCUUCCAGGGACUCUUGGUUUCUGUGCUGUACUGCUUCGCCAAUGGAGAGUUCCAGGCUGAGCUGAAGAAGCACUGGCAGCUCUUCCGGUUCACUAACCACUUCCAGGUCACGCCCUGUAUUGACUACCGGGACGCGCCCCUCAAACACCUGUGGAAGUGCUCCAGAGGCCGACGCUCCCAUCAGAGCAAAUCAUAUGAGGAGGAGGGUGGGCCUGCCACACACUCACACCUGCUGCAGACUGKUAUGAACUGUUACGGGGCCUCGUCUCCUUAUAGAUGGAGUCAUUCCUAUAUGAUUCAAGUCCUUUGA